AUGUUCAUUGUAAAUCCAAACACAACGUACAAUACUGUCUGCCAGGGACGUCCAGGGCAGCACGGCAGACAGGUAGUGUGCGUCUGUGGAGUCCAUGAAACUCAACCAAGACUUUCCUGCAGAAAAGAACGUCAUUACACCUGUUUGCAGAUGUUUCCCUGGUCUGCAGUUUUUUCCAUUGAGCCAAAGGUCCCAGGACAGCGCAGCACUGAGGAGCUGGUGACCAACACACUGAUGCUGGAGCUUGGGGCCAUGGUCAAACGCACAGAGCGCAUCCGUCUGGAGAGGGCCAAAGAGGGCAGGCGCAGGCGCCGUAGCUCCUCCUCUACAGCCGACUACAGCUGGUUGGCCUCCACCCAAACUCCACAGCCCUACGAGCUGACCCCCAACGACGUGCUGGAGCUACAGGACCUGUGCGCCAAGAUCCCUCCUGCACAGUGCGGCCCGCUAAUCGCCAGGUUCCGCCGGCUGGUGUCACAGAUGGAGCCCGAGGUUCACGAAGUCCCUCGGUUGUUUCGGUCUGUUCUGCGCGACUGCGUGAACGAGCUCAGUGAAGAUGGGGAUUUACAAGAAUGUGUGUUUGAGAAGCAGCAGCGCAGCAAGAGCCUCUCGUUUGUAACUUUCCGCACAAAGUUUCGCACAGGACCGAUCUCAAAGGGCUCCGGUUUCAUGGGCUCCCGGGGGGAUCUGCAGCAGCAAGUGGACUGGUCAGACUCCGAGGACUCGGAGGGCGAGGACGAGGUCAUCAGGGCGCGGGCGAAGAAGGGCCGCAGCAAAAGCAUGCCUGAGAUCACCCCUAUGGAGCAGAGCGCGCAGGCAUGA